AUGACUCCAGUACUUGGGAUCCAGACGUUUGAAGAAGCCAAAAACAAGGAUUUUAACUGUUUGGAGCGCCAUGAAAAUGUAUUGUCCAAUCAAGGGUUUCUGUCAAAGCUAUGGGGCUAUCGCGAUGUUCUUGCCGGUAUCCCGAAGCAUCACCUCGGGUUGGAGGAAGAGGCAAGCUGUCGCGUUUUUGCCCCAAGUGAGUGGAUGAGCGGAAGCUUCAAUAUCUGCAUUCCCAUUGAGGUCAAGUCGCGCAGCUUCAGUGGUCAAGUCAUCGUCCGGUGUCCAUUGCCAUCGAAGCUUGCGGAAUCUCGAUAUCCCGGAACCGUUGAUGAGAAGAUGAGCACAGAGAUAGCAUCAUAUGUGUUCAUGCAGAAGGAAUGCCCUGGAAUUCGCAUACCACGCCUUCACGGGUUUGCUUUUGGCAACGUACAGUGCACUCACCAACAACACUUGUCCCUCUACCGCCGAAUUAUCCACAGUUCUGAGCAGUGGAUCCGUAGGAUUCUUCGGCUCGAUCCCCUUUCACAAUACGCUCCGCAUAAGAGCGCAAUAGCUGUUCCGACACAAUACCUCCUACUCGAAUAUAUCCGACCUGAAACAGGGAGAGUGCUCUCCGAAAGCUGGGAAGAACACAACCAUGAUCCUGCUCAUCGUCGAGCACUGUUUCGCGGUAUAGCUCAUACUAUCCUGAGCCUCGCUAAAGUCCCACAGCCACGCAUUGGGUCUUUCCACUUCAACGACAAUUGUACGAUAGCCCUGAAGAAUCGACCGCUUCUUACCGCCGAGAUCAUACUCGAGAGCGAGGGCAUCCCAAGGUCUAUAGAACCGGGGCAGACGUAUGACUGUACCGAGCCAUUUGUUUCCGAUCUAAUUUCGCUCCAUGAUAAUCGUCUUCGGUACGAUCGGAGCGCAGCGGAUGAUGAAGUUGACUGCCGCAGCCAGAUGGCUAUAAGGGCACUAUUGAGGACAAUCUCACAUCACUUUACCCAACAUGAAUACCGCCGUGGCCCAUUCCUCUUACAAUUUACGGAUUUCCACCAAAGCAACGUGAUUGUGGACGAAGAUUGGAAUAUUCAGUGUCUUAUUGAUUUAGAAUGGCUGUGUGCUCUGCCCGUGGAGUCAUUGCGUGUUCCGUACUGGCUUACAGGACGUGGCAUCGACGAGCUGAUAGGCGAUCACUUGACGGAAUAUGAGGCUCUCAGACGGGAGUUCAUGGUUGUCUUUGAGGAGGAAUUAUCCGGCGUGAGGCUCGCGUGGCCACUGACGCGGAUCAUGCAGGAAUCGUGGGACUCCAAGGCUGUCUGGUUUUGGUCUUGCCUAUUUUUCGUGAAUGCUGCUUUCUUCUUGAUAACAGACCACCUGUGCCCAAAAUAUACAUCGCGUCUAUCGGAAGCAGUCGAGGAAAUGCUGUCUAGUCUCUGGAGCGACGACACGGCUGGAUUCAUUGAAAAGAAGGUUCGCGACUAUGCUACCUAUUCGAGCGAGCUCAGUCGAUUUUAUGCGCAAUGA